AUGAGGAUGACGACGCCACCACCCGUGGCUGAUACGCCUGAACUUCAGCAAAUGUCAGUCACCCGAAAGGAGAAAGCCGUGGCCCUUGUCGAAAUCAGGGAUAGGAGAGUGUCCUUUGAGUCAAACCGGGGAAUUUCCUUCUCUGAUUUCACUCAGGGAACAUCCGUCCUUACAAUCAGGGAAUCGGAUUGGGAUCCUUGGGUCAAAUGGGCGGAAAAUAAGCCUCCUUCAACGGCCACGGGCGUCAUGAGAACCGUCAUGGACAUCUUCGCCGAGAAAUUAGGAUUCUGUUACGUAGUGGACACGCCGUCUGAUGUGCACUUGGGGAUGCCCCUGGGGAACGGGUCAUUCACGGGCAUCCUUGGGGAACUGAAUCGAUGGGAGGCAGACCUCUCCAUGAUUCCCCUGUCGGUCAACCAAGUCCGAGCGGAGGCCGUAGACUUCAGCGAGUCCCUCUACGUCGACCAGCACAACCUCUUCUACAAGCGCCCGAAAGCCGAGGCGGAUGUCGUCGGCUUCCUCAGGCCCUUCUCCCUCGCGGUGUCCGUGCCAUGGGAGCCACGCAACGUGCCCGUGCGGAUGGUGGCGGGUAUAUGGCUCCUGGCGACCCUCAUCAUUGGCACUGUGUACCGCUCCAACCUCAAGGCCAUGCUCAUCCUGCCGAAGGUCGCCGUCCCGUUCGACACCUUCGAGGAGUUCGCCGAGGUGGAUCUUCCUGGUCUUAUCCUCCGGGGAAGUAUAAUAGACGCUGCGACGAAGUUUGCGGAACCGAACUCAACCUUAGGGAAGAUUAGAAUGAAGUCGGACACAGACCAUGAUGUCGCUCGGUCUCUGCUGAAGGUGUUCAAAGGCGAGGUAGCGGGUAUAGCUUCCGUGUCAGGCAUCACUGCUAUUAAUCAUUAUGACUUCACGACCAACGGAUACUGCCAGCUGGCGAUUACACGAAGCGGGAUCUUCAGCACCUCCAUCGCUCUGGGCUUUCCGAAGGGAUCUCCUCUAAAGCCAAAGAUCGACUUUGUAAUUCGCGGUCUGAAGGAGUUCGGAAUCCUGCAGCACCUGUUCGAGCGAGAGAUUCCCAACGGCACCAUCUGUCUCAAGCCUCCGGCCUCCACCUCGUCCUCUUCGGUAGAACUGCGGCCUCUUGAACUCGGCGACUUCUACGGCAUAUUCUCCCUUUACUCAGGAGGUAUGGCGAUCGCAACGCUGGUCUUCGUGAUGGAACACCUUGUGAAGAGGCUGGCAGGUCGCUCGUCUCGGGAAGUGUAGCCUGCCGGUGAACCUUUCCUGAGUAGACGAACCACAAGGCAUGGUAUAUUUAGCAAUAUAAUUUAGUAUACCUUAUCUAUCCCUUAGCUUUUAUUUCAUACAUUUAUUUUCAUGACACAAAGCGAACCAUU